AAGUUCAGAGUGGAACUUCCAUUUAGGUGACACUACAUGACUAGAAAAAAUGUCCUCUGAAUAGACGUUUCAACUAGGAGGGGAACAGAUGCAAUUGGUUUUCGCUGAGGAAAUCAUUACAAAAUAGAGAUGUCGAGUGUGUCGUUGAAAGGUGAAGAAUCAAAAGGACAAGAGAAGAAAGAUGAACAUAAAAAACGAAAAGCAGAAGGCCAACCAAGCUGGCAUGAAAAAGCUGUCACUGCAAAUUUCAAGGAGGAAGAAAUAGACAUCCCAAAGAGAAAGGUGGGACUUAUAAUAGGAAAAAAAGGUUGGAGAAUAAUGGAUAUAAUCACCCGAAGUGGAGUCCAGGACUUAUUCAUCAAGGAAGAACGUGUUCACAUAAAAGGAACAGAUGAACAACGCACCUGUGCAAAACAAAUUAUCAGAAAGGUCCUAUGUGGAGAAGACAGCCCUGACCGAGGGUCUUGGGAAGAGUUGACCUUCAUACCAGAAGAUUUCAUGGCUAAAGUAAUUGGGAAAAACGGUAUGAAUUUGAAAAAGAUAGAAGCGAAAACUAAGGCAACUUUGAAAGUCUCCGAGAAGAAUAGCUUGUAUAUCAAGGGAUCUCCUGAGAGCAAGAAGCAAGCUAUUCGGGAAAUAAAGGAAACCAUGAAUGGAGGCAAGGAAAAAUACGUUGCAAAAGUUGUCCAUGUGGACACUGCACAUUUGGAAGAAGACCAUGAGUUUAAGCUAUCCAUCGCACAACCGCCACUAUCCAGAGACAAGUGUUUCAAAUUAAAACUACAGGACGAUCCUUUAAAAGGGGACACACCCUCUGGUUUUGUGGGCACGGAAAUCCUAGAAGAAGAGGUCCUGCGGUUUUUGAAGCAAAUUCACAAAAAGAAGGAGGAGGAGAUGGUCAUGGUAGCUAUUUCGUGUUAUUUUGGUCACGCCUACCUAAUCAAGGUUGAUGAAGAUGAAGAGGAUGACAUCUUCACCCCGAAGGAGGUCAAAGCGAGAAUUGAAUCAAAGGAUGACGAUCGUUGGGACACAAUAUUCCGGAAAGUUGAGACAAUCGAAGUUGAGCAGACUGAAAAGUCUCUCAAAGCCUAUGCAUGCACAGCUAGUGAUGACCUACGAUACGACCUCACCUUCUUAACGCCAUCUGGUUUAGAAUUUCUAGUCAAGGUAUGGCUCAUCGAAAAAGAACCUGGGGUCGAAGGCGCUUCAGCGUCUUCCCUGGCGUUCCGUCGCAGCCCUCAACUUUCUGUCAGAAACACCUUGACAGAAAUCUUGCAUGACGACCAUAGUGGAGAUGCAUCGAACGCACCAAUUUUCUACAUCAGCGAUACAUUUAAUCAGCAAAUGACAAUCGACAUUCUAUCGCCGUCUGCAGGAUUUGAUUGCCGUUUGAAAAUACGAACAUUUCCAAAGUUUCCACAAACAAAACCACAAGCAGAAAAAGAGCGUAAACUUUUAGAAAACUACCUCAUGAAGAUGAGGAUUGAUGAUGGUCAGCUGAAGUUUCCACCAAUUUCCGAGCUACCAGAUGGGUUUGACCUGUCUUUUCAGCGCCGCUGCCUUCGAAAGACAUAUCGGUAUGAACAUGACGGAGACGCGUUUACUUUAACUGUUAGCAAAGACCAGUUAAACAAGGUGAAUGCCGACCAGACUGAUGCGUACAGUUUCAAUGAAUCAGAAGCGAAGCCGAAUGUUCAUCUCAACUGUGAAGAAUGGGACCAAGUACUAAAUGAGGGAAACUGGGAACCGGAGCAGAUUACUGCCAAGCUUCCUAAAUUUUUACAGUUUCUAAGGAAAGUUCAGGGAAAUGUGGCCCCUCUGUAAUAGGAAGUGACGAGUGAUUCCAGCGAAGAGCGAGCCUCAUAGAACCCCCCUCCCUAAGAUACGUCACAGCAAGAUGCGUCUGUUUGUUACGUAACCUGGUUCUCCUGUGACUUCAUGAGGAACGUUGAUUACCCACUUCACUACAUUAGCUUCUAUAAAAAUUGCACAUGGACUUCUACUAUAUAUGGUCCGGUCACGUGUCUGAUCCCUGAGAUUAUGAUUUUGUUUUUGUGUAAGCCUACGAUCAAUAAACGCGUCUUGCUAUA